CAUGAAUAUUCAUGAGCCGAACCUUGGCCGUAGUGCGUUUCGUAACUCGGUUCUCCUGCUGGCUGCGCUUCGCUCUCUGAAGCCAUUUUGGACUCUGUUCAGUUGUGUGGCAGAAUCGGACCCCGUCCAGCCAUUCUCACCCUGUACAGGGAAAAGCUUCACGCGUGGAGAGGGCACGAGUGCGUGCGUGCGUGAGUGGAAAGCGCUCGCGAUUCGUGAUACCUCACGCUGAAAUCCGCGCGACGCGUUUCGUUGGGAAUAUUCGCUUUUCCCGAUGGAUUUUCCAUGUGUUAAAGUUUGAUUGAGCGCGAUCAGUGGGGUGGACAUCAGGCCCACUGUCACUCGUGUGUGUGUAUGUGUGUGUGUUUGUAAAGCAGCAGAUCUGGAGUGUUUGUGUGUCAUUAAAGGAAUAUGUUCGCUUCCCGCCUCACUUUUGCACUUCUUCUGGGAACUUUCUGUGCAGGACCCAGCCAUGGCGAGGUGGAGACCAGUGAAUGUUUGUACUUCAACGUCAACUGGGAGAUUGAGAAGACGAAUCGCAGCGGUGUGGAGCGAUGUGAGGAUGAGAAAGACAAACGCUCUCACUGUUACGCAUCAUGGAGGAAUAACUCGGGAAGUAUUGAGCUGGUGAAGAAGGGCUGCUGGCUUGAUGACUUUAAUUGUUAUGACAGGCAGGAUUGUGUGGCCACGGAGGAAAAUCCUCAGGUGUUCUUCUGCUGCUGUGAAGGAAACUUCUGCAAUGAGCGCUUCACACAUCUUCCUGAUAUCACCGGCGAUCCAGAAAUCGAGGCUCCGCCCUUCAUGCCGUCUCUGUUGAAUGUUCUGAUAUAUUCUCUGCUGCCCGUCACCAUGCUCUCCACGGCUCUGCUGUUGGCCUUCUGGAUGUAUCGGCACCGUAAGCCGCCCUACGGACACGUGGACAUCAGUGAGGACCCUGGUCCAACUCCUCCCUCGCCGAUAGUGGGACUGAAACCUCUACAGUUAUUGGAGAUUAAAGCCAGAGGUCGUUUCGGCUGUGUGUGGAAGGCUCAGAUGAUGAAUGAAUACGUAGCUGUGAAGGUUUUCCCCAUCCAGGAUAAGCAGUCAUGGCAGAACGAGCGAGACAUCUUCUCCACACCAGGCAUGAAACACGAUAACAUCCUCUACUACAUCGGCUCUGAGAGACGCGGUUCAAACCUGGAGACUGAAUUUUGGCUGAUCACAGAGUUUCAUGAGAGGGGUUCUCUGUCAGACUAUCUGAAGGGGAACGUGGUGAGUUGGAACGACUUGUGUCGCAUCGCUGAAACCAUGGCGUGCGGCCUCGCGUACCUUCAUGAAGACGUGCUGAGGUGUAAAGGAGAAGGUCCGAAACCCGCCAUAGCUCACAGAGACUUCAAGAGUAAAAAUGUGAUGUUGAAGGCAGAUCUGACAGCUGUUAUUGGUGAUUUUGGUCUGGCGGUUCGGUUUGAACCUGGUAAACCUCCAGGAGACACACAUGGUCAGGUGGGUACGAGGCGGUACAUGGCACCUGAGGUCCUGGAGGGUGCGAUCAACUUUCAGCGAGACGCAUUUCUGAGGAUAGACAUGUACGCCAUGGGUCUGGUGCUGUGGGAGGUUGCGUCGCGCUGUAAAGCCGCUGAUGGUCCUGUAGACGAGUACAUGUUGCCGUUUGAGGAGGAGAUCGGACAGCAUCCUUCACUGGAGGACCCAGAGGUGGUGGUUCAUAAGAAGAUGCGGCCGGUGUUUAAAGACUCCUGGUUAAAGCAUUCUGGCCUGGCGCAGAUGUGCGAGACGAUAGAGGAGUGCUGGGAUCACGACGCGGAGGCCAGACUUUCGGCCGGUUGCGUGGAGGAACGCAUCUCUCAGAUUCGCCGCGCGACCAGCGGCUCUACCUCAGACUGCCUGGUUUCCAUGGUGACGUCCGUCACCAACGUGGACCUGCCACCCAAAGAGUCCAGCAUCUGAUUCACGACGUCACGCGCAAGCAAACGAAACAACCCUCGUCUUUCCAAACUCAGUGAAUCUCAGUAACAUUGAAGCAGCUGCUAUUUUAUCCGAAACUUUUUUUAAGGUUAUUAUUAUUAUUAUUUUCAUUUUCCUGAUCGGAUCAGUAACUACCAGCACACCUUCUCUACUGUAUUUUUAUCGUUGAGAGAUACAAACAGAGAGGACGUCUCGACGCGCAUUCAGGUCCCGACAAAUGAAUGCAGGCCGUGCAGGUACCUCCGCGUUUCGCUUCUGCCGUUCGGUUUUUCAUCCGAUUGUUUCUCUCGCCUGUGAUGACCGACCAUUACAUCACCGUGUGGAUUUAUUCGACACUGCUGCAAACCCACGAGGAACAUGUUAUGACUGUUACACGCGCAAUUGAUAUUCCUCGCGGGAUUCACUUUUUUAGUUUUCUCUUUCCGACAGUGUGUGCUAUUCAAAAUUACGGAAAACUUGUCUUUUUCGGAACUAACGGGUGUCAAAGAACACGGAAAAGACAACUGGAUGAAUUUCUUUCUUUUUUUUGUGGUAUUGAAAUUGGUGACUGAAAUGAGUUUGGAUUUGGCUGAAAUCUCUCCGCUGGCUGAUGUUAAGCGGAUUGCGUAUAGAAAUAUGUGAGGUGACGAGAACGUUUAGUUUGGUGCGUAAACCUUUCUCAGGUAUUUUGUGUCAAGAGUUUGUGGGGUCCAUGACUGCCUUUCCCACAUCAUCAAUAGGACAGAAAUAUUAUGGUGCCCUCAACACUAAUUAUCAAAACAAAACAUGCAAGACCGUGCGUGUGCGCGUGUGUGUGUGUGUGUGUGUGUGUGUGCGUGUGUGUUCUGUCUGUAAUCUGUUGUUAUAAUGCAACAUGUGUUUUGGAUAUUGAUGGACUCGUAUCGUACAGAGCAGAAUCGUCUCUCUGAUUCAGACUUCAUGAAACAUGUCCAACUCAUAUUUCACCUCGACAUCAAAUGAUAAAAAUAAUAAAAUAAUAUUUUGUAUACAGACAUUGAAGCCUGUUUGAAGGAUCAUUAGGAUAUUUUGCAUUGUGACACAUUAUUCAUUGUUCUUUGUGUAAUGCUCAUCCUGUUCUUGUUGUUGUAAAAAAAAUAUUUAGUGCUACACUGCAAAAAAAAAAAAGA